UCAUCCCUGCCUCCCUUCCACCUGCACCGCUGACACAGUUAGCCUCCUUAGCACGCUGCUCCUGAUAAUAACAAGUAAUAAAAUCAUCACAAUCCAACUACAGCCAUGGCAGACCCAAGAAUACGACAAAUUAAGAUUAAAACUGGAAUCGUGAAGAGGCUGGCCAAAGAGAAGAUUUCAUACAAAACUGAGGCAACGCAGCAGGAGGAGAAGGUCGAGCGGCUGAAAGCAGAGGCAGGAGACGAGUACGUCAUCAAGAAACAGAUGGAGGUGUUGCAGGAGUCCAGGAUGAUGAUCCCAGACUGCCACCGCCGCCUGACCAUAGCACACGCUGACCUGCUGCAGUUAUUAGAAGCAGAGGAGGAAUUGUGCGAAUCAGAGGAGUACAAAGAGGCUAAAAACGUAUUGGACUCAGUGAAGCUUGAAGGAUGAUUUCUGCUCUGUUUCUGUUCUCACUGUGAGAUUCACUUGCUUUUAAAUGUCCAUUCCUUUCGUCAGGCCCUGUUUGGAAGCGUGGAGGCAGCCUGAAUCCAUUCAGAGUCUCUGUUCUGUUCUUGAUGUAAUUAUUUCUACUGUUUACUGUUAACGUGCCACCACGUUUGAUCACACUCCUCCUGGGUGUAAAAUCCCACAAGAACACGAUAAAACAUUCACUUUAUUACAGCAGAGGAGUGGCGGCUUUUUUUUUUCUUCAUACUAAUACACAAUCUGGACUUUAAAGGCAUGAUUAAAUACCAGGGAUGCAUGAUAUAUACAUAUAAGAUGACUGUUAAUUUCAUAUUUGAGUAUUUUAGAGAAGUUGAGUUAGUGAGCAAAGAUUUAGUCGCUCUGAACAAAACAAAUGUAACACAACACAAUCAAUCAACAGUUCUCACUCUUCAAAAUAAUUUGCCUUUUUUUCAACAUCAAAAUACUUCAGAAACAUACUUUGGCACACAUACAUGCACACACACGCAUGCACACACAGCAUUUUGCAUAAGAAUUCUAAUUAAAUGCUGAAAUAAUCUGUCAAAUCAAUGUAUUAAAUACUCUAAAUCAAGAGUUUUUUGGACUUACUACUGUUGUUGCAUUAAAGAAAGGGCUGGGUAUUGUUUAAAAUAAUUGCAAUAUCAGUUCUAUUACCCUUAAAGU